CGUUCGUCAAGCCAUACUGUAUCUGACUGCCAACUUGGCUUAUUGUACAUGAAUUUUUAGAAGUUCCUCUUUGAAAUCAUUAUGGCACUCAGUUCUGAGGAAGCAAAUGCUUCUUGCACAGAGCCUUCGAAGGAAACAGAUGGAUUUUUCUUUCAACAGACCAUGUUGAGAAUCAAAGAUCCUAAGAAGUCUCUGGAAUUUUACACCAAUGUGUUAGGAAUGAGGUUAUUAAAAAAAUUGGAUUUUGAAGCCAUGAAAUUUUCGUUAUAUUUUAUGGGCUAUGAUGAUGCUGCCAAUAUUCCUAAAGAUGAAGGAGAAAGAACACUGUAUUGUUUUUCACAGAAAGCUACCUUGGAACUUACACAUAAUUGGGGUACAGAGUCAACUGAUAUGCAGUAUCAUAAUGGGAAUUCUGAUCCCAGAGGUUUUGGCCAUAUUGGUAUCGUUGUACCUGAUGUAUAUAAAGCUUGUGAAAGAUUUGAAUCCAUGGGAGUUCAGUUUAAAAAGAAACCAGAUGAAGGUGUUAUGAAAGGAUUAGCUUUUAUCAUGGAUCCUGAUGGAUAUUGGAUUGAAAUCCUUAAUCCAAAGAAUAUGAAAAACUGAAAACCUGUUACAAAUUAUCUGUUAUAUUUAUGAAUUUAUAUGCUGAUAGAAAAUGAACAUGAGAUUAUAGAAAUUGAUAGUGAACUCAAUGCCUAAUGUUAUUUUGAUUGAGUUACUAAUUGAAGGAAGAUAAAAGUCUUAUUCUGUGAGUUUUGUUGUCAAACUGUUUUGCCCACAAUCGAUCUCAGAGGUUAUGGAAUUUUCUGUUGCAUAACUACAUUUGUGAAUUAAAGAUAGAUUAUUACCUAAUUCAGUUUGGAGUUCCUGAUUGUUUAUAGAAGUACAUUAUUAUAGGUAUAUGCAGUUCAAGUUCCUUAUCAUUUUCCAGAAGACAUAUUUUAUGUCUGGCUUGUCUACAAUUAGAUGAAAACCUACCUAAGUCUGUAUUUUCUGAACUAAGGAUUAUCUAAACACAUAACUUAAAAAAGCUGUGAUGAUACAAGGUAGUUCCUACUAUUCAUCUUUCUCUACCAUAGUUUUUAAGCCACUUUUGAUUGGAUUGUUGAUUGUUUUUCAUACACAUUUUAUUUGAAAUUUGAUUGGAUAUGUAGUGCUAUGAUAUAAUAUAGAUAUAUUGAUUAUAUU